ACCUUUUGUCUGUAUCUUUUGUCACUUCUGUAACAGCAAUGGUGGAGUUAAACCCAUAAGCAGGAUUACUUAGAAACAACAUUCCAUCUAGACUUCUGCAGCACGAAUCCCCAGAAAUUCUCAAUUAAUAGAUCUAUUGUGUUUAUUGGUUGAGGUUAAUUGAAAAGGAGAAAGCUUUCUUGAUUAGAGGAUGCAAGCUGGGAACUUGAGGUCAAGGGUUUAAUGGCAGGAUGGUCAAGUUUCAAUAGUACUUCAUGUUCAUACAUUGAUGUUGAGGUUGAGGUAUCUGAUGAAUGUGAGGAGAGGUUAAAGAGAUUGUUUGAUCAAGCUCUGUUGAUCUUCCGUGAGGAAGAGGGUAAUAACAGGCCUCUCCCUGCAGUUAUCGGUGAAGGCAAAACGGUUGAUUUGUUUAAGCUGUUUGUGUUGGUGAGGGAGAGAGGAGGGUUUGAUUCAGUGUCUAGGAAAGGGUUGUGGGACUCAGUGGCUGAGAGGUUAGGGUUGGACUGCUCAGUGUCUCCAUCUUUGAGGCUGGUUUACUCCAAGUACUUGGACCGGAUGGAGAAAUGGGCGGUGGAGAAGUCGAGGAUAGUGAACUGGGAUGAUGGGGAUAGUAAGAAGAAAGGGUGUUAUGGAGGUUUGUUGCAUGAGCUAGGGGAUGGGUUCAAGGGUUUGUUGGAGAAUGGAAAGUGUCCAAAACGUAAUAGAGCUAUGUCUUUUGGGUGUAGGCAUGUUGAAGAGUCCGGCUCUGAGUUCCAUAGCCCUAGGAAGAGAUUUAGAGAGUGUGAGGAUGAUGAUGAUGAAGAAGUAGGAACGUCCUGUGUUGUUCUUAGUGAUGAUUCCGAGGAAGAAGGUUUGGUAAAGCAAGAAACUUUACAGGGUAUGUUAAAGUGGCUUACUUUGGUUGCCUUAUGCCCUCAUGAUCCUUCCAUUGGAGUCAUACCACACUGCUCAAAGUGGAAGGAGUACACUGGAAGCGAGUGUUGGAUCCAAGUGACUAGAGCAAAGAAUGCUUUACUUGUUCAAAACUCUUCAUUUCUGGGUAACCAAACUAUGCAUCCUUCUAUGUACGAAGACGACCGUAGUAGGUCGACAGGGAGGUUAAGAUACAGCAUAAGGCGUCCAAAUUUAUCCAAACCACAGUGCAGUGAAAGUCCAGUAUCUCUAACUAAGUCAGGAUCUAGCCAUUGCAGAGAACUGAUCUCUGUUUGUGAAUCCACAACAGAUCUUGUUGCAGGAACAUCUGGAGCAACGGACUUGCAAGUAUUCUCAAAUGCAGUCAAAGAGAGAAACAAACCAGAGAUCCCGAGAAGGUAUGUGGCUGUAGGACGUCAUUACCAAGCCAGAGUCGAUGAAAGGACAGGAGGAUCUGGUCUAGAUAGUGAUACUAAGUGGUUAGGAACACGCAUAUGGCCUUUGGAGAACAGAGAAGUUGUGGAUCGUGGCCUUGGAAAAGGAAGGCCAGAUUGCUGCAGCUGUGAAAUCCGCACCUCUGGUUCUGUUGAAUGCAUCAGAUUCCACAUUGCAGAGAAGAGAAUGGAGCUCAAACGUGAUCUCGGCGAUGUCUUUUUCCAUUGGAGGUUCAAUCAGAUGGGGGAAGAAGUGUCUCUAAGGUGGACAGAGAGAGAAGAGAAGAUGUUCAAGAAACUGAUGGUUUCGGAUUCUCAGAGCUUUUGGGAGAACGCUGCAAAGUGUUUCAGGGGGAAGAAGAGAGAGCAGCUUGUGAGUUACUACUUCAACGUGUUCUUGAUUAACCGUAGAAGGUAUCAGAACCGCGUGACUCCUAGAAAUGUAGACAGUGAUGAUGAAGGGACUUUUGGUUGUGUGGGUAACAGUUUUGGUCGUGAUGCUGUUACUUUGAUUGGUUCAGAUAUUAUGAUAUGUUCUCAGAACAGUCAGUGUAAUGACUUUGACUGAAGAAGCAGAAGAUGAUUUUGGAACAUAAGUAAAAAGGUUUUUGUGUUUUGUCUAAUAGGAGUAUAGGAGUUUGUAGUGUUUUUGUGACUUUUAAAGCCAAAAACCGGCAAAUCGACAUUUAAGUUUUUUUUU